CCACCCGUAAGGGUCAUCAAAGAGUUCACUCACUAUCCUGACCUGCUGUACCUUCUUCUCCCCUGUCCCUGUGUGUGUUUGUGCCUGCCUGCCUGUCUGCCUGCCUGCCUGCUCUGUCCAGACGACAGCCAGACGCUGGGUGGUGGUGGUAGCUGCAGCGACACCAGCAGUCUGGUCCAGUCUCACGGCCACUCCCUGAGAAAGAGGGAGGGGACAGUAGACGCGCCCUACCAGACGGGCCAGCUCCACCCUGCUAUCAGAGUAGCCGACCUGCUGCAGCACAUCACGCAGAUGAAGUGUGCGGAGGGAUACGGCUUCAAGGAGGAGUACGAGAGCUUCUUUGAGGGACAGUCCGCUCCGUGGGACUCUGCUAAGAAAGAUGAGAACCGCAUGAAGAACCGAUAUGGGAACAUCAUUGCAUAUGAUCACUCCCGAGUCAGACUUCAGCCCCUGGAGGGAGAGCAGAACUCUGAUUACAUUAAUGCAAAUUACGUUGAUGGCUACCACAGGCCGAACCAUUACAUCGCUACCCAAGGUCCCAUGCAGGAGACGGUGUUUGACUUCUGGGGGAUGGUGUGGCAGGAGAACACUGCUGCUAUCGUCAUGGUCACCAACCUGGUUGAAGUGGGCAGGGUGAAGUGCUGUAAGUACUGGCCGGACGACACAGAGAUCUACAGAGACAUCAAGGUGACCCUCAUAGAGACGCAGCUACUGUCAGAGUACGUCAUACGGACCUUCGCUGUCGAGAAGAGAGGAGCCCAUGAGAUCCGCGAGAUCCGUCAGUUCCACUUCACAGGGUGGCCGGACCACGGGGUGCCCUACCACGCUACUGGCCUCCUGGGCUUUGUACGUAGGGUCAAGGCCAAGACACUCAGCAACGCUGGGCCCAUGGUCAUCCACUGCAGCGCGGGGGCAGGCCGAACGGGCUGUUUCAUAGUGAUCGACAUCAUGCUGGACAUGGCAGAGAGAGAGGGCGUGGUGGACAUCUACAACUGUGUCAGAGAGCUGCGCUCCAGGAGGGUCAACAUGGUGCAGACUGAGGAGCAAUAUGUCUUCAUCCACGACGCCAUCUUGGAGGCGUGUCUUUGUGGUGACACCACCAUUCCAGCCAAUCAGCUGCGCUCGGUCUACUAUGAAAUGAACCGAUUGGACCCCCAGACCAACUCCUCCCAGAUCAAAGAGGAGUUCCGGACUCUGAACAUGGUGACUCCUACGUUGCGGGUGGAGGACUGUAGUAUCGCCCUGCUCCCCAGGAACCACGAGAAGAACCGCUGUAUGGAUGUUCUUCCUCCUGACCGCUGUCUGCCCUUCCUCAUCACCAUCGACGGAGAGAGCUCCAACUACAUCAACGCUGCUCUUAUGGACAGUUAUAAGCAGCCGUCAGCGUUCAUUGUGACCCAACAUCCUCUGCCCAACACAGUGAAGGAUUUCUGGAGGCUGGUGUUGGAUUACCACAGUACCUCCAUAGUGAUGCUCAAUGAUGUCGACCCUGCACAGCUCUGUCCUCAGUACUGGCCAGAGAACGGCGUGCAUCGCCAUGGGCCAAUCCAAGUGGAGUUUGUCUCAGCUGAUCUGGAGGAGGACAUAAUCAGUAGAAUAUUCCGGAUCUACAACGCAGCACGGCCUCAGGACGGGUACCGUAUGGUGCAACAGUUCCAGUUCCUGGGUUGGCCAAUGUACCGAGACACUCCCAUGUCCAAACGCUCCUUCCUCAAGCUCAUCAGACAGGUGGACAAAUGGCAGGAGGAGUAUGAUGGAGGAGAGGGACGCACUGUGGUGCACUGUCUUAACGGAGGAGGCCGCAGUGGGACGUUCUGUGCAAUCAGCAUCGUGUGUGAGAUGUUACAACAUCAACGUUCUGUAGACGUUUUCCACGCCGUCAAAACACUGAGGAACAACAAACCCAACAUGGUCGACCUGCUGGAUCAGUACAAGUUCUGCUAUGAAGUGGCUCUGGAGUACUAGAACUAUGGUUAAACAGCAGACUGGGCCUGGAUGCAGAACUAUGGAUAAACAGCAGACUGGGCCUGGAUGCAGAACUAUGGAUAAACAACAGUCUCAGCCUGGACGCAGAACUAUGGAUAAACAACAGUCUCAGCCUGGACGCAGAACUAUGGAUAAACAACAGUCUCAGCCUGGACGCAGAACUAUGAACGAAACGGGGGAGGGGGGGGGACUUUAUAGACAAGACUGCAGCGUAGACCGACCUGUGUUUUUCAUGAUCGAACAACUGGAGCAGGACGAACACGCCUCCACAAAUACAGACACACACGGCUCUGUCUUUCUUAGCAAGCUAGAUGAGCUAGAUGAGGUGACAGAGGUGAGGUGUACUAAUGUCUCUAUAUAGUUCCACCAGUAUCUGAUCAGCUACCAGGAAGGAUUCAGUCUCUAUAUAGUUCCAUCAGUCUCUGAUCUGCUACCAGGAAGGAUUCAGUCUCUAUAUAGUUCCACCAGUCUCUGAUCUGCUACCAGGAAGGAUUCAGUCUCUAUAUAGUUCCAUCAGUCUCUGAUCUGCUACCAGGAAGGAUUCAGUCUCUAUAUAGUUCCACCAGUAUCUGAUCAGCUACCAGGAAGGAUUCAGUCUCUAUAUAGUUCCAUCAGUCUCUGAUCUGCUACCAGGAAGGAUUCAGUCUCUAUAUAGUCCCACCAGUCUCUGAUUUGCUACCAGGAAGGAUUCAGUCUCUAUAUAGUCCCACCAGUCUCUGAUUUGCUACCAGGAAGGAUUCAGUCUCUAUAUAGUUCCAUCAGUCUCUGAUCUGCUACCAGGAAGGAUUCAGUCUCUAUAUAGUCCCACCAGUCUCUGAUCUGCUACCAGGAAGGAUUCAGUCUCUAUAUAGUUCCACCAGUAUCUGAUCAGCUACCAGAAAGGAUUCAGUCUCUAUAUAGUUCCAUCAGUCUCUGAUCUGCUACCAGGAAGGAUUCAGUCUCUAUAUAGUCCCACCAGUCUCUGAUUUGCUACCAGGAAGGAUUCAGUCUCUAUAUAGUCCCACCAGUCUCUGAUUUGCUACCAGGAAGGAUUCAGUCUCUAUAUAGUUCCAUCAGUCUCUGAUCUGCUACCAGGAAGGAUUCAGUCUCUAUAUAGUCCCACCAGUCUCUGAUCUGCUACCAGGAAGGAUUCAGUCUCUAUAUAGUCCCACCAGUCUCUGAUCUGCUACCAGGAAGGAUUCAGUCUCUAUAUAGUCCCACCAGUCUCUGAUCUGCUACCAGGAAGGAUUCAGUCUCUAUAUAGUCCCACCAGUCUCUGAUCUGCUACCAGGAAGGAUUCAGUCUCUAUAUAGUCCCACCAGUCUCUGAUCUGCUACCAGGAAGGAUUCAGUCUCUAUAUAGUCCCACCAGUCUCUGAUCUGCUACCAGGAAGGAUUCAGUCUCUAUAUAGUCCCACCAGUCUCUGAUCUGCUACCAGGAAGGAUUCAGUCUCUAUAUAGUCCCACCAGUCUCUGAUUUGCUACCAGGAAGGAUUCAGGAGCACAAUGUUUUACACUGCAGUGUGUAAUGUCUUAUCUGAAAUCCUUGUCCUGACUCAAAAUCAACCCCUACACCCUACACCCUACACCCUCGCCCGUACACCCUCGCCCCUACACACUCGCCACUACAACCUCACCCCUACACCCUCGC